CAUACCGGAAAGAGAGAACCUGCUGGAAAGGAUCACCAACGCGAUCUUAGACUAAGACAUCCAGGAACCUUCACAAAGCGCUGGAGAGACUAUAGCCAAAAGGUCAGACAAGCAAUACCGACUUCAUGUCACCCCCACUUCUCCUUGACCUCCAUAAGGACCCCGAAGAAUGGGAUCCACAGACUUCAGACUACGCCCAAUAGAAUGCGGGGAAGAAUUACACAGUGGAAAAGCCAACAAAAUAGGAAUGACUCCUAAAAUACCCAAGCUGUUUACUAGUAGAAACGGGGAGGAAUUGAGGCGAAAGGCUACCAACACCAGCUCGCUUGGAAAAAGGCACAACACUAGCUUCCUGCAGCGGCAGGGUCAGAAGCCCGGCCUCCUAUACCGUCUUCAGCAGGCUCUCCAUGCCCUGGAGACAAGAUGGAAAUCAGCUGAGGAUAUCUUCUUGUCAAGUACCGGUGGAAACAUUUUGUAUCAGUCGAUGGAAGCCGAUGAUGGAGGUGGCGUACGAGAGGUGUCGAAUAACCACAAUCGCUUGGUAUCCUCUGUUUCGGCGUACCCCCUGCCCAACACCAACACAAACAUUGUCUCUGCUAGCAUUGUUAAUGCAACCCCUGCUGCUGCUACUACUGCUUCUGCUGCUUCUACCUUUACCAUUUCUUCCACAUCUUCUUCAUCAUCUACUUCCACAACCUCGUCCUCACACAACAACAACAACAACAUUCAGCCACAACAGCUUUCCUCAGUAAUGGUUAAUCAUGGUGGUACCUCUAACACCAGUUAUACUAGUACCGAAUGUACCACCUCUGGCAACGUCCAUCAUGGUUCUGAUGCACCCUCAGCGACUUCCCCCAACACUGCUUCAACUGGGGAUAUAAAUAGUUCCCACUGUAACUCGGUUGGUGGAAUUGCUCCUCUUGACUUGUCUGGAAUCCCCCCUAUCACUCAAGUCACGCUGCCCACACCUACAGAAAAUGGAGAGGGUAGCUUCAGCAUAAGUCCAACACCAAGUCCAAAGCCCAGUCCAACAUUAAUGAUCCGUCAGACUUCCUGUGAUAGCAGUGAUGAUCGAGCAAAUAAAAAUGACACGUGUGGUUUUGUUUCGAGAGAAGGCAGUAUGGAACGAUCCUUUACAGAGCCCACACCAGAGCACCAUCCAACCGAUAAAUUACUUGAUUCUAUUAGUAGAUCAUCCGAGUCAAGUCGAUCAGUAGAAGCUCCCCGAACUCCGGAAAUUGGCAGCACCAUCAAUGGUGUUUUGAUAAAAGACAGAAAGGAAUCCAGAGACUCAAAAUCCAGUGAUAAAAAAAGCAAUAAAGCCUGGUAUAAAAUGCUGAACCCCACCUACAAAAGCAGAUCUGAAGACCUGAAGAGAUUAUUCAAGGACUUGCCCACUGAUGAAAGACUUAUAGUUGAUUAUUCUUGUGCAUUACAAAAGGAUAUUUUGGUUCAUGGUCGCCUCUACGUCACCCCAAACUAUUUUUGUUUUUACUCCAAAAUAUUUGGAUGGGAGACCUUUGUCUCUAUCAAAAGCAAGGAUAUAGUUGCCAUGACAAAAGAGAAGACCGCUUUAGUAAUUCCAAACGCAGUCGAGAUAAGGACGGAAGGAGAGAAGCAUUUCUUUACCUCGUUUGCCUCAAGGGACAAGACUUAUCUGAUGCUCUUUAGGAUUUGGCAAAAUGCUCUAAUGGACCAGCAAAUGAGUGCAACAGAACUAUGGCAGUGGGUUCAUUCCAGCUAUGGAGAUGAGCUAGGUCUGACGAGUGAUGAUGAUGACUAUGUAGCUCCCUCCACCGAAGACGAUGCCAAGACUAACACAAGUCAUGCGCAUAGUGAUCGUACCUGCGAAUCCUCCAUCUUUAACAGAAACCUCAAGCUGUAUAGUGUGGAUUCACUUGAGGAUGAUUGUCCGAGAGAUACUAUUGACGAGUCUGCAGUUCCUCCAGUACCAAAGAAUGGUGGGUGUGACUCGGAGACUUCAGAGUUGGUGGGAACAGAAAAUACUCAGCCGCCUAGAGUUCCAGCAUCACCCACAAAGUGUCCACAGAAUCGCUCGCCUAUUAACUCCUCCCCACCGCCCAAUGAUGUCAUCCCAACGGACAUGUCUGAUACAACAGAAAGUGAACCCGACAGCAAAAUUACUUGUUUACCCUCGGGAGAAUCUGUGGCAUGUCCCAACCAGAGUUCUCACCAUCAGGGUCGAGAGAUUAUCAACACGGUCUAUUCUCUUCCAGUGGACACGGUUUUCACACACCUGUUUACGAACUCAAAGUUCAUGUUGGAUCUCUACGCAGCCAGGAGUACCUCAGAUGUUGUAGCAAGUCCAUGGCAGAGUAACCCAGACACCAACCAAAAACUUCGCCAGGUUAUGUACACCCUGACACUUCCUCCUAAUAGCUUUGGACCCAAAGUUUCUCAUGUCACGGAGACACAGGUUGUGUCCCCAUUCAGUAAACCCGGAGAAAUCUAUACAGUUGAUGCUGAAGCUUGCAAUGCUGGUAUUCCAUAUGCUGACUCUUUCUUUGUUUCCAAUCAUUGGUGUUUGACCCGUGAGUCAAGCACUGAAACCAGGAUUAGUGUUUGGUCUCAAGUGAAAUACAAGAAGAAUGUAUGGGGCUUCAUGAAAGGAGUAAUUGAUAAGAAUGCAUUUAGUGGCGUUGAAUCUCUGCUGAAUGACAUCAAUGCAGCACUGCUAGCCGAAGUUGAUCGCUCCAACCUGAAGAGAACACGACGGAGAAGACGACGUGUUGGAAGCAAGUGCGAAACUCCAGAUGUACUUCUCCCAUCACAAGUUUAUCCCGAUAAAGUUAAAGUUAAAGUUAAGGAUAUGCACAAAGCCACACAAAUCCCUGCCAGAAAACUAACAUUACCAACCGUUACUCCAGACAACAACAAUUCAUCAAAUGAAGGUCCUGUAAGAAUGGUGGUGGUAACCUUAGUAAUUCUGUUGACCCUCAAUGCUUUAUUGUAUUACAAACUCUGGGCACUGGAAGAAAAAAUGUUCCUCCGCUCCACUCCAUAUCCAAAUCUGGAUCCUAGUAUGUUUAGGUCUGGAGCUAAUGGGGGUCCUCUUGAGGAGUGGGUGCGAAUACUGCAACAGCAGGAAGCUCUACAUGCUGCUGAAGUUGAGAGAUGGAGAAAAUCUAUUGAGGAGGCUGCAGGAUUUCUUAGAAAGGCGGAAGAAUCAUUACGUGCUCUGCAUACCUCUAUACCUCCACAUCAUGCCUCCAAGCUUCAGUUGCUCUUAAGACAAAUUCAGAGUUUACAUGAAGCGGAAUCUCAACGCAGAUCGGCUUCAGAACCACCUCACUGGGAUCAAGAAGGAAGUCCAAUUGAUCCCACCACAGGGCCUGACAUUCCAGAACGUAAUGGUGACAAUGCGUACAGAAACAGACAAGAAAAUGGGAAACAUGAGUAUUUGGAACUCUGAGUGUGUUAUUUAAAAGUAGAAAUAUUUUAAAUAUCUGUGUUAUAUAAAGUUGACAGACAUUUGGUGUGCGUUGAUGAGUACCCCUUGUGCAAGUGUGUGGAUAAAUCUUAUGUCUCAUGUUGAGCCAUUUUUUGUUUUAUAAGAAAAUCUCUUGCAGUUAGAGGUGAACUACUAACCUGUUUGUGAUGGACAUUGGUAGCAGGUAUUUGUAAAAUACGUGCAUCACAAAGUUUAAUUAAGCAGGUGAUUGUUGGUGAAAAUAUCUAGUCCCUUUAUAAGGUGAACAAGACUUGUACUAACCCCUACUAUUUGGCAGCAAAUAGGACAAAUUUUGAGGGUAGUUGAACAAUUGUGGAUCUGGUUUUGGCUUUGGGCAAAAGUUUCUUUGCAAAGGGAUUCUGUUGUAAGGAUAUAGAUGCUAGAUCCUCUGCUUGCACAUCAACAUUUUUACAAAGUGUCAGUGCAAGUAGUGCAUGCUUGUGAAGUCUGACCAUCAUGAUGCAGACUAACUCGAUGUUUAAAUGAAAGGUUGUGGAGCGUUGACUCAUUCCAUUGUAUGACCUGGUUCAAGGACCAAUGUUGGCUUGAUCACACACUAAAUUACCCAAUUAGUUUUGACAAUUUCUUUUCUGCACUUUAACUAGCAGUAUUAUAAUUACUUAUUAUGAUAUGAGCAUAUUUGUGUAAUUAUAUACAAAGACUGUCUAUAUUCAGCAUGACCUAAAUUAGCCUUACCCGUGAACAUGUGCAUAAAAGUACAUUUUCUUCAUUCAUUUUGUCUUUUAUGUUCAUAUGAUAAAAUUGUGUAUAUUUAGAAGUUAAUUUUGUUUAAAUUCAAUUUAUCUUGUGAUAGCUGCCAAUUGUAAUCUUCAGGUCUGAGAUGCAUAUUUAUUUUUUAAUGCAAGAUUUAUUCCUAUUAUCUGUAAUAAUUGCAGUGCAUAUCAUUACAGUAGUAAAGAGUAAUAGCAGUGUUUUAUUUUCAGCGCUAGUGCACAUGAUGCAUGAAAGACUACGUACUAUGCAUUAGUUAGGUACUGAGAAAAGCACUUCUGCAGAACAAAUAUAGCUUUUAAGAAAUGGAAACAUGCAUGCAUAAUAGCGCACAAAAUUGUUAGCUGAAGUAGGGUCCAAGAGUAGAAGCUCAUUCCCUUCCAACAUAAAGCGGCUUGCAGUCAAGUAAUAAAAUAUAAUGCUAUAUAUUUAUAUAUAUUACACAUUAAAAAUAUAAUGUACCUAAUGCCAGAUUUACCCAAAAAGACAAAUUUUCUUAAAAACUAGAUUAUUAAUUUUUAUUUAGUUUGCAAGUCGAUUGAUAUAGCUAGUUGAGUAAACACAAUAUACACCCUUUUCUUUGGAACUGAAAAACUUGGUAAACUGACCUAACUUAAAUAUGCCUAUUAUUCCUCAACUCUGCUUAAUAUUGGUAAAGCUAGGUCUAAACAAAUUAGUAAUUAAUGUAACUAUUUCAUCAAGUGCAGACUAAAAAAAUAAAAAAAAAAAGAGAUGAGAAAAGUAAAAAUUCUCAAGCUAUUACGCCAAGCUGCUUUUGCCCUCUAUCCACGAGUCCAAUUCAUGACUCUGCACCAUGCCAAUGGUGCAGUUCUGGUAAUUCGGCAUGAAACAUGCAUACUUGUAUGCAUGUGAUUUUUUGUACAUUAUGCUACGCAGUAUCAUAGGGUGUCAUAGCUCACUCUAUGAAACAAGAUAGUAGACCAAUAUCAGUGAGUAGACUACGAGUCUAUUCAUUGUAGACUCAUAAACAGUUAUGAGUCUACUUGGUUAUGACAAAAUUCUGGUGUCUCUUGUAACGUGGUAGAGCCUAGCUGUUGAAAUUGAGACAACAAGCGUGUCGGUGUGUAAUGAUGGCAGAGGAAUAGGUAGGUUUUCCUGCACUUUCUACUUCGGUGGUUACUCUGUGAAUGUGUUUUGGACAAAAACUUGACAUUUUUAUUAUUUGAAGAAUCUUGAAUAACUAUGUAUUUCCUUACCUAGUAAUGAGAACAUUAAAUUUCAACUGUGCACAAAAGCAAUAAUUAUGUUCUUAAUAGAUGUGAAUGAUUGUGUUGCAAGCUGGCUGUGAUACUAAUAGACAUAGGUAUUGUUUUAUAUAUUUUAAUUUUGUUCCUCGCUUUAUCUUUAGUUGUGCACGAAUACGAACAUUCUUUACGUAAUGGCGAGCCUCGGAUGAUAUUUGGUGUGCAAAUGGAUAUUGUUUGCUUGCUUAGUUCUGGUCUUAAUUUGAGAUGAUGCUAUAGAAGUGUUUUAUAUUCUAAUUUAUAGUUUGUGUUGCAGCAUUAGUAUGUACAUUAGAACAAAAAUCAAUCUUAAAAGGUAACAUGGGUUUUGGAAACUUAUUGUACUACUGCUGGCAGUAAGGAUAAUUUAGUAAUGUUGUAAGCCACUGGGAUCAAAGAUUUAUGUUAAGAUUUGGUGAAGUUCAAUGUUAACUUUUAGACUGAUAUGUUCCCUGUUAAUUUUUAAGUACUGUACAUACUUUAAAUGCUUUGUCCGUAACAAUGUCAGUUGUGGGUUCGUCAGAUUGAGAAUCAUUCCUGAACCCUUCAAUUAUACACCAAAUUCAUUGGAUGAAAGUCAUAUUGAAAAUGUUUGCUGGUUUUUAAAAGUUUAUGCUAUAUUUUCCUUCCUAAAUAUAAAAAAAGCAAAUUCUAUUUCCUUUAUAUGAAAAUGUUACAAAAAUUCCAAACUUUCCCCAUUGCAUUAACUUGCCGCAGUAAUUUUCCACAAGGAGAGAAUACUAGAAGCUGAAGGAACUAACGUGGCUAUAGAAAAGCAUCCUCAGUGAAAGAGGAUGAGGGAGGGUAACCUUUAAUCCUCUCAGUUGUGCUUCCAUAGGCAACUAAGGCCAACCUUUAUACUACCCGAAUAGCAGUUUUAUGUAUUGCAUAUUCAGCUUUGUUACAUACUUUAGGGACUAAUUUGCAGAAUUAUGCAAGGAGUAACUUGGCUUGCACUGAACUAUAAUUAAAAAGAUAUGAUUAUAUUUAAAGAAAUUGGAAGGUGUUAAAUGUAACAUAAGACUCCAACCUAUUCUGAAUACAAACAUAAUUUUAUUAAGAUUAUUGAUAUAUUUUAUUUGGUUUUGUGGCCGUCGUGUAUUAAGUGCACUAGAGUCGAAUGUAUUUCUUAAUAUUGACACAGUUGAUGUUAAUGCGUGUUUAGUUCAAAACCAUUUCCUUUGAUGCAUUCUAAAUUUAUAAUUAAAAACCUAAGAUAUUUUGAGUGCAGUAUUUUAAAAUAAUACCCAUUUAGUAAUUAUAAUAAUUACUAAAGCGAGGCAUUUCAUAGUACCAGUAUUGGUAGUUUAGUAGUGGUAAUAGUAGUUUUGCAAUAAAAACAGUACUGUAGUUUGUUUUGGGAAGUAUUCGGGUACCUUACUAAUGCACAGUGGUAUGCUUAUCCUGUAGCACAUAUUUUGGCUGGUUUUAAAUGGGAAGUAGCUUUUUACUAGUCUCUUCUAAUAUUUUAUAAUUCAUGGAAUUUCUAAUUUAAUCAAUUAUUUGGAUGUUGGAUUUUACCGCCUUUUAAGAAUUUCCAAAGAUUGCUUUGAGCUACACAUGUAUAUAAUCAAUAACUUUGUUAAAUAUUAGAUGGUAUCUUAAAUAAAUUCCCUGUAUCCAAAAA